AAAACAUUUUGGGAGAGAAAAAAAAUUGCCACAACCUGAGGGGCACUUUCUCUUAGUUUCGCUCCCUGCUUCUUCCUCCCCCCUGAAAAUUUUUCACUUUCUCCUCCCGCUGCACUUUCCCUCCUUUUCUUUUCCUCCCCAUCACCUCCCUCCUUCUCGUUUUGUUUUGUUUCUGUCCUUUUCUUCUAAAACUGGUAAAUAAUCACACCCCCAAGUAACUGAAAUUCUUUCUUUCUUUCUCUCUCCUACACUAUUCACUUUGAAAUCUUUAGGGAUUUGUUUCUGUUUACUCAGUCGUGCUUCAUUUCGAGACAUCUUUGUCUGCAUGGUGUUGCAUUUCAUCUGUGUCAUAUGAUCCUGGAAAGUGAGAUUGUUUUUCGCCUAGUGUGAGAUAGUUCGGUGGUGAAAGCGUGAAUAUUUUGGAUGAUAGUUGGACUCUGGGCCAGACAGGACAAGAGAAGUUAUCUGCUAUUUUAGGUUUAUACUACACAAGAGAGAGCCUUUGGUCGGAUAAACUCAGCUUUGAAUUCACCAUGGAAUGCAACAAAGAGGAGGCCAUUAGAGCAAAGGAAAUUGCAGAAAAGAAAAUGCAAGCUGGGGAUUUUAUUGGGGCACGUCGGAUUGCGCUAAAGGCACAACAACUCAAUCCUGAUCUUGAUAACAUUUCCCAAUUAUUAAUGGUCUGCGAGGUUCAUUGCUCUGCACAAAAUAAACUAAAUGGGUCAGAAAUGGAUUGGUAUGGAAUUCUGCAAAUUGAACAAUUUGCAGACGAGUCUGUUGUCAAGAAGCACUACAGAAAGCUUGCGCUUUCACUUCAUCCUGACAAGAAUAAAUUGGCUGGUGCAGAGGCUGCAUUUAAGUUGAUUGGUGAAGCCAACAGGGUGCUAAUGGACCCAACUAAACGCACUUUGUAUGACAUGAAGUGUAGAGGUUUAUUGAGAUCGGUUGGACCUAAGCCAACAUCUGAUAAGUCAAAUAGGAGCUCCCUUGCCAAGAAACAGCGUGCAGCUGCAAACAAGUUUUCCAGUGGUCCCCAUUCACAGUCUAAGAGUUCACAUGCUUCUCAGCAACCACAACAACCAACAUUCUGGACAUACUGCCCCUCUUGUAGCAUGAGGUACCAAUACUACAGAGAAUAUCGAAAGAAAAUGUUACGCUGUCAAAGUUGUCAUCAGCCUUUCAUUGCUCAUGAUGUUGGCAUUUCGCCUGGAUCCACCCGGAGUAUGUUCUUCAAUGAGAAAAGAGUUCCAGAGCAGGUUCCCUGCAAUGUCGUGCCACAAAAUAAUGCAGGAAAGCCUUCUGGUGAUAGUUUUCCACAUAGGGUUUUAGGGUCAGAAUCAGUUCCUGAGGCAGGAAAAGCUGUGGAUGUUGGUGGUUGUUCUAAACCCAAAGAGGUGAAUAUUACAAAUGCUGCCGGAACCAGUGGAGGUUCGAAACCACGAGAGAAAAUGAUUGGGCAUGUGGAUUUGGGAGCUGAGAGGGUUGGCCCAGUGCCAGUGUCAGGUGCAGCAAAACCCAAGGAAUCAGAGACUUUGGAAAGUGCAAUUGGCAAGAGACAGAGGAAGUCAGUAGAGGAAUUGAGUGCGUGUUUUGACAAAGGCACAAAUGUUGGCAAUAAAGCAAAUGUGGUUAUCAAGGGACAUGGAGGUGAUCUUCCUGCACAGAAUUCUAGACCCUGUUCUAGAAGAUCUUCAAGGCUGAAGCAGGAUGUUGCUUAUGAGGAAAAUGUAUAUAAUGGUGAUUUUGUUGUGCUUCCUACAAAAAGAUCUAGAAAGAGCUGUUCAUCUAGUGUGAUUGAUGAGAGUAUGGAAGAAGCAAGGAUUGAUGGUAGGGUACCAAAAGAAGGUUUUUCAUCUGGUUGUGCUACUGUUGUAUUGAAUAAAAAGGAUAAGGUGGUCAAGCAAAACCCAAGCUUUAGUAUCGAAGAAAGAUCAUCGAACAAGAAGAACAAAACUGGAGAUUAUAAGGUUGAAGUGGAGGCAGCAUCUUCUUCAGAGAACGCUGGUAAAAAUUUGGAGAACAAUGAUGAAAAAUCCAGAACUGACAUGUCCAGGUUAAAUUCAAAUGAAGCACUAAAGUCAGAGAUUUUAUGUCCUGACGCAGACUUCAAUGAUUUUAUGAAUGAUAAGGCAGAAAACUCAUUUGCUGUUAAUCAAGUAUGGGCUAUUUACGAUUCAGUUGAUGGUAUGCCCAGAUUUUAUGCACGGGUGAGGAAAGUGCACGCACCUGGGUUCAAGUUGCAUAUAACUUGGCUAGAAGCAAUCUCUCAUGAUGAAGCUGAGCUACAAGGGUGUGAUGCCAAUUUUCCCGUUGCUUGUGGUAUGUAUGAAAACGGGGGCACUGAAGAAACUGUAGAUCGCCUGAUGUUCUCUCAUCAAAUGUAUUGCACUAAAGGUGGCCGUAGAGGUACUUACAUGAUUUAUCCUAAGAAGGGGGAAACAUGGGCUCUCUUUAAGGAUUCGGACAUGGCACGGAGUUCUGAUCUUGAAAAAUGUAAACUCCCUAACCGAUUUGAAAUUGUGGAGGUCCUGACAGAUUUUAUUGAGGAUGUUGGCAUUGGAGUUGCUUAUUUGGGCAAAGUGAAGGGAUUUGUAAGUGUUUUUCAGCGAGCUGACUGUGAUGAUGUUCUCAAAUUUUGUAUACGACCAAAUGAACUUUACAGAUUUUCUCACCGAAUUCCCUCGUUCAGAAUGACUGGCCAUGAAGGAAAAGGAGUCCCUGCAGGGUCUUUUGAACUUGACACUGCUGCUCUGCCUGACAAUUUUGGUAACCUUGUUGAUCUUGGUGAUGUGAAGGUUGGAAAGGAAAAGUUGGUUGCUGAUGCAAUUAGUUCAUAUUCCAAGUCUUCUGAAUAUCAGGUGGAACCUGUGAAGGUCUCUGAGAAGCGUUGCAUGCCUAAGCAUCUCAGCAGUUGUCCUGAAAAACGGACUUCAGCACUUAGAAGAUCUCCAAGAGAAUUAACUGGGACAUGCAAGGAUGACAAUGAAGUUGAUGCAGGUCAACAAGCUACGGGAGAUGGUAGCAAAGUUUCAAGCCAUGACGAGCUAACUCAACCUGAAGAAAUUUGUACUUCUUUUCAGGCAAAAGAGAAGAUUACAAUCCAUAAGAAACACGAGAAGAGUAAAUAUGUAACAAAUGUCUUGACACCUAGACGAUCUCCGAGAGGUUCAAGCAAGAGAAAUAGUCAAGUAAAUGCAAGUAAAUUACGGCAGAAGACACUAACAGGGUAUUGGAGUGAAUGCAGAUGAAAGAAAUGACCAACCAGGUGCUUCCAAAUGUCAGCCUGAUGAUAAAAUGCAUUUAGAAAUUUAGCUUCCCAGCAUGCAGGAGAGAAACAUAGGUCCUCUCUGUAGCUUUUGUGAAGUUGAUCGUCAUCAAUUCCUUGUACUGUAAUUUUCUUAUGGUAGAUUUGUCAUGUUAUGCAUGGCGCACUAGCUUUUCUUUUCCCUUUCCCGUGUAACUAGGAUGCUAUCAAAAGUUCCCUGUGAAAAGUUAAAUGGAGGUGGUAGAAACUUGACAAGAUGAUUUUUCUUUUCAAGAAUUGAUUUUUUCCUUCCAGAUCUGUUGUAGCUUCUUUGAUUCUGAAGGUGUUUUCUGCCUGACUAAUCAUAGCAUGUAUCCAGCGAUUUCCGUA